CUCUGUGUCUGUGUCUCUGUGUCUGCCUCUCUCUGUGUUGUCAUCUCUGUGUCUGUGUCUCUGUGUCUGCCGCUCUCUGUGUGUGUCGUCUAUGUGUGUCUCUGUGUCUGCGUCUCGUUUCUGUUGACGUGAGAUCGUCCUCUGCGUGUCCCUGUGUGUAUCUUGUGGAGUCUCCGUGUGUGGUGUGUCUCUCUGCGUGUCCCAUGUCUCUGUGUGCGUGUCUCGGGGUGUCUGCUGUGCUCUGCCCGUGUCUCUCUUAAACGACGGCGAUGUAGCAGAGCACAGCGGACGUGCACGGAUUGCUCGGGUUAUUUGUUUUACAUUUUAUUUUUUUAUUAUCGGUCGACGAGAAGCUGGAGUGGAAUUCUUAACGAAGUGAGAGAAAAAAAACAUCCGACUCGACCGUCAAGAAACAACAACAACAACAAGAGGAACAACAGCCACAACAGCCACAACAACAGCAGCAGCAAGGAGAGGGCCAGACGAUGAUGAUAAUGAUGAUCAUUUUAAUUUUUGAAUCACAAAUGACGACCACUGCAGAAGCGAGAUACAAGAACGGCGAGAGACAACGGCGAUGAUGAAGACGAUGAUUACGACCUGAGAAGAUGUGAGAUGUUGAGAUGAUGAAGAUGUGAGACGAGGUGAGACGAGGUGACAGCGUUCCACCGGGCCUCCCGCCCGCCCGCCCGCUCGCCUCUCCGUCCCGCGCGCGUCCCGUCCCGGGUCGCGUUCCCACUCCCACAUCCCGAGCCGUGCCGGACCGAGUUCGCUCCCUACCCUGACCCUCACCUGUACCCUGACCCUCAACAUUACCCUAACCGCAUUUCCCCCGACCUUGCAUUCAAUACCCUGACCCUAACCUUUACCUGACCCUAACCGACCCGACCUCGUGCCCUUACCUGCAUGUGACCCCCCCUCCCCCCCCAGUCCCCCCUUGCCCCCUCCCCCCGCCCCUUGCUCUCACCCCCCCCUCGGCCCACUCCCCCCCCCACAACGCAUCGUCGCCAUGGAGCGGCUCCGCAAGCGUCUGUACAGCUCGGCGCGACACAAGGAACCGAUCCUGGACCGAGAGGAGAGCGGUGGCGGCCACGGGGACGCGGAGCGUGGCCGGGGCAUCAGACUGCGGGCCCUGCCUUCCCCGAACCUCGGGGGUGGCCCGGACGAGGGGGCAGCCAGGGCAGCGUCAGGACCACCACCACCACCACCAGCAGCAGCACCCUCCUCGUCAUCAUCGUCGUCGUCGUCUACCGUAGCCGAGGCGGGCGCGGUGCGGGAGGACGACUGGACCGUGUCGAACGGGAACGUGUCUUGCGGCGGGGGUGGUGGUGGUGGUGGUUCCCGCGCUCACGACCUCAGCGACGGAGACAUCUUCCAAGCCACGGAGCAGCAGCAGCAGCGGCACCAUCAGCUGCAGGGACGCAGCGCGCAGCAGCAGCAGCAGCAGCACGCAGACCGGCAGCAGGCCACGGUCAGGUCCGCGCAUGAGUUCGUGGCCAACGCUGAUCCCGAGCGCGCCGGAUUCGCAUUGGCCAAACACAAGCGCACGGCCGCCUCGGCCCUGGGCCUCCUGCAGCGCGGCUCCACGGAGCAGCUGUCGACCGGAGGGAGGCCCCCCGCAGCGCCCGCGCAGGUUCGACACCCCUCCGUGGCGUUUCUCAAGGCAGACAGCGGAGAGCAAAUCCUCUGCGCGCCGGGUGGCGGAGGAGGAGGAGGUGGAGGAACUCAGGGGAUGUCUGGGACCUCCGGAGGGGUCGGGGUCGGAAUUGGGGGUCCCGGCGGGGUGGGCGACGAGGGGAUCGGGGAGACGCGGGGCAGCCAGGCGAGCUUCAUGCAGAGGCAGUUCAGCACGAUGCUGCAGCCCGGCGUCAACAAGUUCUCUCUGCGCAUGUUCGGCAGCCAGAAGGCGGUGGAGCGCGAGCAGGAGAGGGUCAAGCUGGCGGGCCUCUGGAUCAUCCACCCCUACAGCGACUUCCGCUUCUACUGGGACCUGACGAUGCUGCUGCUCAUGGUGGGGAAUCUCAUCAUCAUCCCCGUGGGCAUCACCUUCAUCAAGGAGGAGACCACCACGCCGUGGAUCAUCUUCAACGUCGUCUCCGACACCUUCUUCCUCGUCGACCUCGUCCUCAACUUCCGCACGGGCAUCGUGGUGGAGGACAACACCGACAUCAUCCUGGACCCGCGCAAGAUCAAGAGGAAGUACCUGCGCACGUGGUUCCUGGUGGACUUCCUGUCGUCCAUCCCGGUGGACUACAUCUACCUGAUCGUGCAGCGGGGGUUCGACUCGGACGUGUACAAGACGGCGCGCGCUCUGCGCAUCGUGCGCUUCGCCAAGAUCCUGAGCCUGCUGCGGCUGCUGCGACUCUCCCGCCUCAUCCGAUACAUCCACCAGUGGGAGGAGAUCUUCCACAUGACGUACGACCUGGCGAGCGCCGUGAUGCGGAUCUUCAACCUGAUCGGGAUGAUGCUGCUCCUGUGCCACUGGGACGGCUGUCUGCAGUUCCUCGUGCCCAUGCUGCAGGACUUCCCAAAGGACUGCUGGGUGGCGCUCAACGGCAUGCAGAACGUUACCUGGGAGAUCCAGUACACAAACUCCCUCUUCAAAGCCAUGAGCCACAUGCUGUGCAUCGGCUACGGCCAGCAGGCUCCCGUGGGCAUGUCCGACGUGUGGCUCACCAUGCUCAGCAUGAUCGUGGGCGCCACGUGCUACGCCAUGUUCGUGGGCCACGCCACGGCGCUCAUCCAGUCGCUCGACUCCUCGCGCCGCCAGUACCAGGAGAAGUACAAGCAAGUGGAGCAGUACAUGUGCUUCCACAAGCUGCCGGGGGAGCUGCGGCAGCGCAUCCACGAGUACUACGAGCACCGCUACCAGGGCAAGAUGUUCGACGAGGACAACAUCCUGGGGGAGCUCAACGAGCCGCUCCGAGAGUCCAUCGUGAACUUCAACUGCCGCAAGCUCGUCGCCUCCAUGCCCAUGUUCGCCAACGCCGACUCUAACUUCGUGACGGCCAUGCUGACCAAGCUUCGCUUCGAGGUCUUCCAGCCGGGCGACUUCAUCGUGCGCGAGGGCACGGUGGGCAAGAAGAUGUACUUCAUCCAGCACGGCGUCGUCAGCAUCAUCACCAAGGCCAACAAGGAGACGAAGCUCGCCGACGGCUCCUACUUCGGAGAGAUCUGCCUGCUGACCAAGGGCCGCCGCACGGCGAGCGUGCGCGCCAACACCUACUGCCGCCUCUUCUCGCUCUCCGUGGACCACUUCAACGAGGUGCUGGAGGAGUACCCCAUGAUGCGGCGUGCCUUCGAGACCGUGGCCAUCGACCGCCUCGACCGCAUCGGCAAGAAGAACUCGAUCCUUCUGCACAAGGUGCAGCACGACCUCAACGCAGGAGUCUUCAACACCAAGGAGAGCGAGAUCAUCCAGAGGAUCGUGAAGUGCGACCGCGAGAUGACGUACCGCGAGAACGAGCUGAAGGAGGCCCUCGCGCUGCAGGCCGCCGCCGCUGACGGCGCCGCCGCACGCCGCGCCUCCAUGGCGGCCAAGCGCUCGGCGCUCAGCUCGCUCAUCCAGUCGAGCGCCGCCAUGUCUGUCUCCAUCGCGCUCACACAGAAGGGAGGAGGACAGGGAGAAGGAGUCGUCGGCGGUGGCGGCGGCGGCGGCGGCGGAUUCUUGCUGGGACCCGUGGCCCAGUCGCCGGGGGCUGCCGGCGGUAGCAGCGGCGGCGGCGGUGGCGGCGGCGGCGGUAGCAGCGGCGGCGGCGAUGACAGUGGCGGUGGCGGCACCGGAGGUUCCGUGUCUGGGUCUUCCUCCACCACCGGCCUCAUGCUCCUGCAGCAGCAGCUGCAGAAGCACCAACAGCUGCAGCACGAGUUGCAGCUGCUGCAUCAGCUACAGCAGCAGCAGCAGCAGCAGGGCGUGGGGACUCACGGAGAGAGUGGUGAAGCUUCGCAGCAGCAGCAGGCCCAGGCCGCCGCCACCACCACAGCGGCCAUGGUGGUGGGCUCCCCACAGAGUACCUCCCACUCCCCCACAUUGGUGCAGAGUCCCCCGGCCGCGGUUCACGGGGCCCCCGGCAGCCUCCACCGCCAGAUGGCGACCACCUCGAUGGGCGCGGGCGGCACCGUCGCCCCCCACCAGCACGGCGGGGCCACAGUCGCCCCGGCGCCGGGGACGACCCUGCUGCUGGGGAUGCAAGGGGGGGGACCCGCCGGGGGGGCCUCCGACCGCCGCCGUCGGGGUGGGGGGUCUGGGCAGGGACCCCUCGAGGGUGCUGUCGGCCUCGCAGCCGGCCCUCCCUCCCCCACCCCUGCCGACGGGCCACGACCCGCAGCCGCCCCGUCACGCCGCGGCCGGCCUCGCCUCUCCGUGCCCCCCGGUGUACCCGGGCGGCGCCCCCGCUCAGAGCAUGUCCCCCGCGUGCCCCGUCGGGGCCGCGUGGCCUCUGUCGCGUGGGACCAGCGUGCGAGGACGCCCGCUGGCCCGCCAGGUCUCCUCCGAGAGCCUGCCGCCCGCGCCGGCGGUAGGGCCGGCCACCGGGGUAGGCGUUGGGGCCCUCCCCGGGAUCCCGGCGCGGCCGGGGCCCCUGGGCCACGUGGCCGCGCCGCCCCCGCCGCGCGGCGUCCUGCUCAGGGCCGCCACCGUGAGCCAGCGGGACUCCCCCCUUCUCCCCGAGGGAGACCCCAAUCGCGCGCGGCUCCCCUCCAACCUCUAGCCUCUAACCCCUGUUCUCUAACCCAGGGCUUCGUCUGUCACGUUGCUCCCGGUUGAAGAGACUUUGGCCUUGACCGGGGUCCUGGAUUGGGGUCCCGCCCGCCAACCCGCCAUAAAUUUGGGGUUCAGACCGCGGGGAUCGACCGAUGGCAGAAUGCGUUUGGCGAGGUGGGGUGGCAUCUACAACGUUUUUGGCACGAUGAUGAUGAUGAUGACAUCUUGAUCUUGUUCAAAAGAUGGCCAAGCGUAUAUUGCCUAUCGCGGUGGGAAAUCGAAGAGACCAGGAUAAUUCUCGUUUGCACGAGUCACCUGGCCCACCACAAUGACAAAAGCAAAGCACAUUCGAGACGGUGGUAACUGGGGGGGAGGGGGCGGCAUUGCAUGAGGCGCAGAGACUGGCGGGGGGGGGAUGCUUUCUGUGUCGGCGAGCGCCGAUUUUAAGGCCGUCGUGUGCCGUGCGAGGUGGUGGCUGGGUUUAUUGAGGGCAGUGUCUUUAGCACGAGUGUGCACGCCCGGCCGUCUUUGUCUCCCCGUGGCGCAGACGGUGGUGAAGACACCACCUUUUACUGUGCUCUCGUUUAAUGCCGAGUCAAUCUAAAGGAGCCUCCGUGCAGCAGCGUUGGUGCGCGUGAGUUAGGAGUCGAACCCCAGUGCUGGAGGGUUGUGGUGCAGUGUGACACUGCACCACACACACACACGCGCAAGUGUGCACAGUUACAUACACACGUAUGCAAAUAUAAGCAACAUACACACAGAUACACAACAACACCGAUCCCCUGCGUGGAAUUUUGAACUUGCAGGGGCUGUUAACGAGCAGCUAUUGAGGUCGGUAUAAUGCAUGAGAGAGUGUCACAGUCGUGUUUGUCUCCCCAAUGCUGACGUUUUAUACACUGCACCAAGUAGUUAUUUAAGGUUAAGUCGACCUAGCAGGGACGAUCAGAAAUGGUUCAAGAUGCCACUUGCCACUCGUGUUGAAACCGAGGUGGCUGAGAUUACGGCGCAGUGCGCGAAACACUGUGAUACACACACAGAGAGGUGCAGACAGAUACACUUUAACACCUGCGCGGCACAGGUGAUUGUUACGCUACUUUGAAGCUCUCGCAUUCCGCUUUGUAAAGGUGACUUCGUUUGUGAAUUCAUGUGGGGGGGGGGGGGGGGGGCGGGGUAACUCACGUAGAUGUCCAAUGUUGCGUCCAUUCAUAUGGGAAGGGCGGUCACAAAGUUUUGAGAACUUGUAUAUUUCAGCGAUGAAAACAUGCGCAACUGAACUGUGUCAACUUGCCAGAAGAAGUACCUCUAAAAUUAAAUGAAGUUCACGUUAUCUAUCCGGGCGGUGGUGGCUAUGCACGUGGCUGGCUGUGACCCAGCAGUGUGGAGGCAGCAACGAGGUUUGGUGGAUCGCACGCAGAUGGGUUGUGAAACUCCCUUCCCGUGGGUGUUGAGGAGGAAGCUACUCUCUGGCUCGCCAGGAGAAGGUAAUACAGGGGAAAUGUGGACUCCAUCUGUCCGUUCGGUAUGGGAGCGUGUGUUCAACUCAAACGCGUGGGUUUUCUCUAGGUUUGCACAUGCAAGCACUCAUUCAUUGGCCGACAGCUUAAUAUUUCGAGGACCGCAGAGCUUGGGCAAUUGUUGGCGCCAGCUCACCGCGUGGCUGCUCCUGCCUUCCCACGUGUUUGUGGUUCCUCGUGCCUCUAAAUCAUUGUCCCACUUCCCGAGCGAGCGAAUACUGCGAGGUGCGUUACAGGUUCAAAAUUAUUCAUUCGCAGCCCUUUGUUAAUCCGCUGCUGGGUAAAGGCCCUCCCCCACGCGGUGUCGGUCGCGCAAUGCAGGUCAGCCGCGAGUCGGUGAGCAGGGGCCACCCGGGCACUGCUCCAAAUAUAAUUCGCCACUGAUGUUAGGCAGUGGCUGGGAAUCGAAACUCGGGUGGGCGAGCUCACAGCGAAAGUGCGAUAGCCAAUACUACACCACCCCAGAUUCCAUUCCUGCGGACGAACUUCGGUUUAAAAGUUAAACACGCUCAUUAUUGUCAAACAGGAUUUUAGUUCUCACAUAAGACGAAAAAAACAACACUUGUAACAAUUAUAUUUUUCUCACAAGGCUGCCUGAUAAUUAGUUUUAUAUUUUAAUAUCCGUUUCGCCAAAUCUCCUGUGCUUUAUUUUUUAAUUACGACCAAAGUGUACUGGAUUAUUGGAUGAAAUCUUGAGCCUUUGUCCUUUUGCCUACUAUUCACAGGUUUAAUCAUCGCUCUUCCCUAAUCCGUAAAAAAAAAAUCUUGCCUCGUCAUAUUAAAUCCCCAGAGCUCAUGUCAACACUGACUUUUAACCAGAGGCUCGGCCUUUAGGGAUGGGUAACCCAGGGUGGCCCUACCUGGGCACGAGGCAACGGAGGGGCGCCCAAAAUAUACCUAUACAGAGAAUGUCAUCUAUUUUGUUUAUCCAGUUUUGCAAGUGCGUCAUUAAACGUGAAUGUAAUUGGUGAUACUAACACACACAAUCUCUCUCCGCAUGACAAAUAACAAUUGGUUGGGUCAUUACUAUAGGCCGCUUGCACAGAGUGGCAAAUUAGGUGUUUUCCCACGGGAGCGUUUACGUUCAGGCUUGGCCUGGUUAAGCAAAGCGUUCUAAAUCAGUCAAGGCUCUCGCUUCUGCCUGCCUAUGAUGAACAAUUCACAAAUCGCGGGGGCUAGACGGCAAAGUAUACACAGUGGAUUACUGAAUCCAUCUGUGCUGGAACUUUUGAGUUGUCAAUCUCCACGUAAUAGGUUGCUGGGUUUUCUCCGGGUUCUCCAGUUUCCCUUCCGCACGAAGCAUCGUACAAUCUCGCGAAUGGAGUCGUGCACCCAACAUCCCCCAUGUUAGCACAGGACCCUCCUGGCAAGUCGUCUCGGGACUCAGUGGAGGCUUUCGCAAGGUGCAUAGUUGGGCGUACAUUAUGAACAGUAUCGUAUGAUUAGAAUUGCGGGGUUGGUUUACUCUGCACGUGGCUAACGGAGCCUCCGACGCGCUGUAUAAUGAAGGAAUGUACCGGUGAGGUAUUUUAUAACGCCACGAGUUAACAACGCUUGACGAGCGAGAUGCGGGCCUUCCCUUGCGGGCGGGACCGCCAUUGUGGAUGGCAUCUCCAUAGCAACGCUGCUGCCCUCUUGACGUCCCUUUGACCGUCUUCGUUCCACUUUACCGGCAGAACCCGCGGAGUGGAGAAGACCGAGUAAAUGUUCCCCUAAUUAGCUAAUCACCGUGACUAAUUAGGGCUGGGGCGGAGGGGGAAGCCAUGACGACGAUGACGACGACGGAUGAUGAUGAUGAUGAUGCUGAUGAUGAUGCUGAUCGGAGAAUGGCGACUCGGCUGUUGUUGUUUUUUUUGUUGUAUCAAAAUGUCCGCGUCGCACCGUCGCUCGUGCGGCUCGAGUUAAACAAAACAACAACGCCCAGAUGAGAUGUGGCAACGUGUGUUUCCCAACGGCGGAGGAGGGGGUGGUUUGAUUGACGGCGCAUGUUCUGUAUGUUGUACUGUGCGUUGAACUUCUUUCGAACCGUACAUAGCCAACCCAUGCUGAAUCGGGAGGUGCGGGGGAAGGUGGGGAAGGACAACAAACUAAACACACACACACACGCAGUACUAAGGAAAGAAAAGGGUUGGUGGAUCAGACAGAGACUUGUGUGUGGAACGACAUGAACUCCUCCACUCAGCUGGAUGCGGGUUCUCGGACACGUCCUUGUGGACCUUUCUGAGAAACGUGCCCCUUUAUUUGCAUGGGGGCGGCUUGUCUCGGGCUUGUCUCCAAGUAGAACGCAACAACAACAAUAAUAAUAAUGCUGUCGAGCACUCAUGAAAAAGGAAAUGGCCAAACAUUCCAAUGCAGGGCCCUGCUGAGGUUUCGUGAGACUAAGGCUCACCUGAGUAAACUGAACUGUUGGCAAUUACUUCACGCAGGGGCGAGGAACCCAUUUUUUCCCUUACGGAGGACCAAAUAGGACACUUAAUAGCCGAUUAGUGCAGCUAGAUGCUUAUAGUGACUGAUAAAUAGCAUCCGUGGUUUAGAAAGAGAUACAUGUAGGCCUUGUGUGGCCGUGGGUGGUGUGAGAUGAAGUCGUGGGCCGUGUGAGAUGAAGUCAUGGGCCGUGUGAGAUGAAGUCGUGGGUGGUGUGAGAUGAAAUCUUGGGCGGUGUGAGAUGAAGUCGUGGGCCAUGGAGUGGUGUGAGAUGAAAUCGUCGGCGGUGUAAGAUGAAGUCGUGGGCCAUGGAGUGGUGUGAGAUGAAAUCGUGGGCGGUGUGAGAUGAAGUCGUGGGCCAUGGGGUGGUGUGAGAUGAAAUCUUGGGCGGUGUGAGAUGAAGUCGUGGGCCACGGGGUGGUGUGAGAUGAAGUCGUGGGCGGUGUGAGAUGAAGUCACGGGACGAGUGAGAUGAAGUCGUGGGCCGCGUGAGAUGAAGUCGUGGGUGGUGUGAGAUGAAGUCGUGGGUGGUGUGAGAUGAAGUCGUGGGUGGUGUGAGAUGAAGUCGUGGGCCGUGUGAGAUGAAGUCGUGGGCCAUGGGGUGGUGUGAGAUGAAGUCGUGGGU